UUUCGAUCGGGCCGGUUGCGUACUGUUCGUAGGUAGAUUCGCGAGCACCAGUCAAGCGUCGUUCAGUCCAUUCCGAACUGUCGAUCUGGACGGUCUUUUUCCUAGUUUUUCUUACCCGACCACGCGUAACCAUUCUCUUCUGUGCGUGCUUAUUUCGUUGCCUCAAUCGAGAUCGUGUACGUUUACCGAUUACCAUUAAACGCUUUCCUUCAAGACUUUAACGAAAAAACAUAAAGUGAAAGAGAGGAAGAGAGAGAAAGAAGGCGAGAUAGAAAGAGAGAGAAAGCAAGAAAGGAAGAAUACUGUAAUUUGAAUCAUCAUGGAUCCGUCGACGAAAAUGAUUCUGCGAAGGAUCAUCAUAGAUCUGGUCUGCCUGUUGAUCGUGAGCAUGGCAGUACUGUCGUUCUUCUUGUUCGGUAAACCGUACAAACGUGGAUUCUUCUGCAAUGACGAGUCGUUAUAUUACCCGUUCCACACGUCAACGGUAACCAGUGAGAUGCUCUACGUUAUUGGCCUUUUGCUUCCUAUAUGUACGAAGAUAUGGCUCUCUUCGGUUGAAAUAGGAAACGUGCGUGAAUCGUCAGAAAAUGAAAUUGGUGGCAUAUUAGAACUUGCUAAAUCAAUCGGAGGCGAAGGUUUUGUGGAUAUGGCUAUCGAGGACGUUCGAGAUUUAUUAGUGGAAGAAGAACUCGACGAAGCGGAUUUGAUGGAAAUGGCAUCUGAAGCUGUAAAUCAAAUCGAUUCCGAGGACACUAGCACCGAUGAAGAUUGCGCAAUCACCGUAUUCGGUUUUGGGGCAGCUGUCACUGUUCUCAUAACCGAUAUCGCCAAGUACACGAUCGGCCGGCUGAGACCCCAUUUCAUGACUCUCUGUGUGCCAAACGUCAAUUGUAGCCUGAUCGAGAACCAUCACAGGUACAUCAUGGACUACUCGUGCACCGAGAACAUCUCGGCCAGGCUUCUGAAGGAGCUCAGAUUAUCCUUUCCCUCGGGACAUUCGUCGUUCUCGGCCUACACGAUGAUCUACCUUACGUUGUACUUGCAAUUAAGGAUGACAUGGCAGGAUAACAAGCUGCUGAAACACCUCCUGCAACUAGCGUGCCUGAUUAUGGCCUGGUUCACCGCAUUGUCACGAGUCUCUGAUUACAAGCACCAUUGGAGCGAUGUUCUAGCCGGAGCGACCCUUGGUACCAUCAUAGCGCUGGUCGUGGCGAACUGCAUGGCGAACAUGUUCAAGGAUCGGACUCACUACCCGAUGGAGGAGAAGCACCGUACGGCCGAUUACGAAACUGGAGGCGGCACACAGAACGAGUUAACGUCCCUUCAAACAAGGACGAUAUCUUACAAUGGAAUUGAAAGAAAUGAAGACGACAUUUAAGGACAAUUACAUACUUCGAUGAAUAGA